AGGUUUGGUACCUGGAAUGUAGGCACGUUGACAGGAAGGAGUUUGGAAGUGGUGAAGAAGUUGCAGAGGAGAGUGGUUGACGUGGCUGCAUUACAGGAGAUCAGAUGGAAGGGAGAGGGUACAAGGUUUGUGGGGGAUAAAGGUGGAAGAUAUAAGUUGUGGUGGAAGGAGGAUGAUGGUACGGGUGGAGUUGGUAGGGUCAAAAAUGGUGUUGGAAUUUUUGUCAGAGAACCGCUAGCCCAAGAAGUACUGGAUAUUGAAAGAAUUAAUUCACGUCUCAUGUGGAUCAAGCUUCCCCUAGAAAAGCAAAUAAUGAUUAUUUUUUCUGCAUACGCACCACAGACAGGCGAAUCAGAAGAGAUGAAAAAUGACUUUUGGGCUGCGUUCUCUGACAGCAUCUCAACAAUACCAAAAUCUGAAACAAUCCUGAUUGGAGGCGCUCUCAAUGGCCACGUUGGAGAAAAAACAGAUGGUUUUGACAACGUACAUGGCGGUUUUGGCUAUGAAGAACGGAAUGAAGAUGUC